AGAUAUAGCCACAGCAAAGGCUGUGGGCGGGUCAUUCUGCCAGGAUGAUGACUACUCCACACGUGAUUACACGAUUUCUGCUUGCAGGGGCUAUGUAGUUAAGGAAACUCGGGAGCCCGGAAAAAAUGUCACGGACAGAAAGUAGACGCAAAUACACGUUUAUCAAAAGUAAACCGGGGCAAUUUAAAUAUGGUGGACGUGGAUGAAUUGAGAAGAGGUGUUCAACAAGAAUUAUGAGCAAUUGUUGGUGGAAGAUGUCAUGGAAAGUUUUGAUAUAAAAAGUCUUUCAAGGCUAUAUCUGCUUUGAUGAAUGCAGAUAUGGAUGAAGCUGUGUGGCGCAAUCUUGAGGAGGUGCGCGGCAACCAUGAGUAAAGCGACUGCCGCUUCCUCCCAGCUGGAAGUACAGCCCGCCUAAAUAAAAGCAAAGGAGGCGCUCGCUCCUGUCCUGCGAAAUAUGACACCACCAUCCACCACAUCUGCAGUCAACCUCGAAGGAGAACUUUUCAAGGACCUGAUGAAAGGCUACAACAAGAAUGUGCGUCCCAUGGAGAACAGUGGGGAUGUCACACAGGUGGACAUCAAGAUGACACUGACCAACCUUAUCUCCCUGAAUGAAAAAGAGGAAGCUCUGAUGACUAGUGUUUGGAUCCAACUGAAAUGGUGCGACUACAGACUCAGGUGGGACCAACCACCCAGGUCAGCUUUGUACAAGAACAUCACUUCUCAGCUACGCGUCCCCUCAAAAAGCAUCUGGCUGCCUGAUGUGAUCCUGGAGAACAAUGUGGACGGACAGUUUGAAGUGGCGCUGUACUGCAAUGCGCUGGUGUCUCCUGAUGGCUGUGUAGAGUGGCUGCCCCCUGCCAUCUACCGCAGCGCUUGUGCCAUCACUGUCAACUAUUUCCCCUUUGACUGGCAGAACUGUACCAUGGUGUUCCGCUCCCAGACCUACAGUGCCAAUGAGAUUGAACUGGUUCUCAAAGAAGAGGACAACCACACGCUGGAGUGGGUCGAUAUUGACCCUGAAGCUUUUACAGAAAAUGGAGAGUGGGUCAUCAAACACAGGCCAGCUAAGAAGGUGAUCAACAGCCAGUAUACAAAAGACGACUUGGAGUUCCAGGAAGUGGUCUUUUUCCUCAUCAUCCAGAGAAAGCCUCUAUUUUACGUCAUCAAUAUCAUCGCUCCUUGCGUGCUCUUCUCCUCUCUUGGCCUGCUUGUGUACUACCUACCUGCUAAAGCUGGUGGUCAAAAGUGCACCAUGUCUAUUGCCACUCUUCUGGGCCAAACAGUGUUUCUUUUCCUCAUCGCCAAGAAGGUUCCAGAGACGUCAAAGGCAGUUCCUCUUAUUGGAAAGUACCUGAUGUUUGUGAUGUCGGUGACCACCAUGGUGGUGAUGAACUGCGUGAUCGUUCUCAACGUUUCCCUGAGAACUCCAAACACUCACAUGAUGUCAGACAGAGUGAGGAAGCUCCUUCUGAACGUUCUGCCUCGACUGCUGAGGAUGCGAAUGCAGCCCUGGGCGCCUAAUGAUGACACCUCCUCCGAAACCAGCGCCGCCGCCCAGAUUAGCAAUAGCGACGCUAAUGUCGUUGACGGGAAUAAUGUGCUUCUGGCCCCCUGUCGACGCCGCAGCUCGAUGACGCUCAUCAGCAAGGCGGAGGAAUAUACUUUAAAAACAGCUCGGACUGAACUCAUGUUUGCCCGACUCAAAGAGAGAAAUGGACUGAUAAAGUCAGUAUUUGAGAAGUUGAACAAGGGCCUGGAGGGUGGAACAGCGGAACGGCUUAGCGUGAGUUUGGCAAAAGCUGCCCCGGAACUAAAGCAAUGCGUGGCGUCGUGCAAACACAUCGCUGAAACGACAAGGCAGCACAACAACUUUCAAAAUGAGAAUGAAGAGUGGUUCCUGGUCGCCAGGGUAAUCGACAGGAUCUGCUUUAUUAUCAUGGCUCUGGUCUUUUUCAUCGGUACCAUAGGGAUCUUCCUGAUGGGUCACUUCAACCAGCCUCCUUCGUCUCCUUUUCUGGGGGACCCGAAGAAGUACCUUCCAACGAUAAACAAUCUCACUGAACUAACUGACCACAAGGCUGGAGUGGACCUUUGGGGAUGAACCGGGUCGUCACAUUUCGACCCUUUUUAGCUGAAUACUUUGCGUCGGUGCCAGUUGAUAGACUCCAAGGAUGACGGACACAUCACUGACUGAUGUGGGUCUGUGUAUCACUGUAAAGAAAAACAUAUACUGUACAUAGAUGUGCUACCCAUAAUAGUGAACCCUGGUGUCAACUGUAAACUUUGUGUAAUGUUUUGGUGGCAUUUAGUAAAGGUCUGCAGACACAACGCUAAAUAGGAUAAUAUAAUUUGACCUGGUAUCUCAUACGUUUGUGUACCAUCUGUGCAUUUGAUAAGAAGGAACAGGGUGUGAAGAAACUAACGUUAGCCGUUGGUGCUAGCCACUAACUAGCUAAAGAUAGGCCCGAAAUUAUUCAUAUCCAGACCAAAUUGAAGUUGAAGUAAUUUUUCAUUUCUUCAGUGGUGUCUUUGUCUUACUGGAAAACAAUAAAGACAAAGUGGCAAAGGGCUGUAAAACAUUUUUCUUACAAUACUAGUAACAUCUAGCAUAAUGUUCAAUCUAGAACAUUCUAAUCAGUUAUACAUUAGAUUAUUGGUCGUUGAGAAAGUGUAUAAAUAAUUUUGGACAUGUAACGUUUGUCAAAAUGUAACAAGUUAUCAAAAUAGCUAAUUAUCCAAAUAGCUCCACACAACUUCUUGCAGUAUUUUCCCACUUUGUUGUGCCAUUUUCAGCUAAAAGAUACGCAUUCAUCAAAUAAAAUUAUUUUUGUCAAUAAUGCCAGGUUUACACUAAAUAUGUUUUACAUUUUACCUGAUAUGAAGCAGCUGUUUGUGGGGGGGGAAAGGACAUUGGAUCUUCUGUGAUUGGUGUAUGUUUGUGUCCCAUUUGAUAAUAAGAGUAAAGAUGGUAAUGUUAGCUGCUAGUGCUA